UCUCCGUCGCUUUUCCUUUGCUGGCAGCGUUUUUAUCGGGAGAGGACGAGUUUUCCCUAAAAUCUUCGGACAGCUUUCACCCACAGAGCCUCAGCUGCCGCCGGAUAAACACAGCCGGGAUGGGCAACUGUCAACCUACAGUUUUUCCCUAUGAGGACUUCGAUGUGGUYGCGGACAUCAAGGCCAUCCGCAAAGCCUGCAAAGGGUUUGGGACUGACGAGCAGGCCAUCAUAGACAUCCUGGCGAACCGCAGCGCCUGGCAGCGUCAGCAAAUCAAAACGGCUUAUUUUGAAAAGUACGAUGAUGAGCUGGCGGAUAAGUUAAAGAGCGAACUGUCCGGAAACUUUGAGAAGGCCAUCCUCGCCAUGCUGGACCCGCCGGUCGUCUACGCUGUGAAGGAGCUUAGGAAGGCCAUGAAAGGACCAGGAACGGACGAGGACGUCCUGGUCGAGAUCCUCUGCACGGCCACCAACGCUGACAUUGCUAUGUUCAAGGAAUGCUACUUUCAGGUUCAUGARCGUGAUCUGGAAGCGGAUAUAGAGGGCGAUACGAGUGGGGACGUUAGAAACCUCCUCACAGCUCUCCUGCAGGGGAACAGAGAUGAAAGUUACGAGGUGGACGAGGACCUGGCGGAGCAAGACGCCACUGCCCUGUUUGAGGCUGGCGAGGGCCGCUUUGGGACGGAUGAAUCCACCUUCAGCCACAUCCUGGCCACCAGAAAUUACCUGCAGCUCCAGGUCAUCUUUAAGAUAUACGAGCAGCUUUCUGGAACUGAAAUCCUGGAUGCUAUUGAGAACGAGACRACUGGAACACUGAAAAAGUGCUACAUUGCGCUCGUGAGAGUUGCUAAAAACCCCCAGCUCUACUUCGCCAGGCGUCUGCACGAUGCCAUGAAAGGAGCGGGAACCGACGAGGACACUCUGAUUCGUAUCAUUGUGUGCCGCUCUGAGUUCGACUUGGAGACCAUCAAAGACAUGUACCUGGAGAAGUACGACGUGUCUCUGAAGGAUGCCAUACGGGACGAGUGCAGCGGUGACUUCAAGCGUCUCCUGCUGGCCAUCUGCCACUAGAAGCUGGAGAUGUUUUCUGUCUAACAAACUAACUGCACUCAGUCCCUUUGAGGCAUUAUGUUGGGAGCAGGAGGGCACUGAUGUGAUGGAUUUAUUUACUUGUCCCACGUGUAGCUCGUUUUUUUAUACUUUGUUACUAUAGGGUUCAUAAGUGUAUCUGUCUAACUGCCCUCAGUCCAAUUUUAAACUUCAUUCUGACAAGCUUCACCAGCGUUUAUACGAUCAUAGAUGAUUUUACUGUAAGAAAAGCAACAAGAUUUCUUAGUUUUAGCUAAAAAGACAUACUGAUUUAAUGUCACCCAGGAUGAUGUGACCAAAUGAUUUGAAGCUUGAUGAGAUAAAAUUAUAAAUGUCAGCCGUGUUCUGCCCUCCUUGCUAGUUAUUUGUCUGUUACAGUGCUUUCUGUUUAUCUUUUUCACCCUCCGUGCCCCAAGCUCCAGUUACUCUUCACUGCUGCUACGAUUAAUGCAAUCACUCCACAAGCCUUAAAGUUUUUGCUUUAGAAUGAAGAAAGGCCAGCAGUCGCAUUUUCAGACUGUUAAUGAUGAAGUAUUACAAAGAAUAUGCAAUGGAUUCAAGUGUUUUCACAAAUGAUUCACAAGAGUCUAUAUUUUUAUCAGCUGCUGAAAGUAACUAUAUAUUAUGUUGCCUGUUUUUAUUCUGUUCAUCAAAAACGCUUUGACAAAUCCUACUACAUCUUACCUUAAAUACUUGAUUCGUAUUGUAUUACUAACAGAGGAAAUUAAUAUAUAAUGUUGUAGAGUUGACUGUUAGGCAGCCCAGAGGUUAUGAGUGAAAAUAAAACCUAUAAGUAUUUUUAGGGGACUCCAACAUCACCUUGAUAAUCUGAUGUUUUUUUUUUUUUUCAUCUUUUUAUGGCAGCUUAGAUUUGACCACUUUUUAAAGCUGAACUGAACAGAUACUCAAGCAUUAUCCCCAACCUGAAUGACAAUUGUUUUCCUCUCGCCUGCCAACAGUUUUGAUUGAAGUACUAAUAAAGAUCACUAUAGCAUCCA